CAGAUGAGAAAGCAUCCAUUCAGGAAAUAAUGGUGGUAAUAAAAUAAGGAUUGACUUGGCCUCUACUUGUUAAGAAAUACAUCUCUUGUUUAACCAAGGUGUGUGUGGUUUCAGCUCAGCAUGGCUGUGGUCAUCCGCUUGCAAGGUCUCCCAAUGGACAUUCGCCACUUCUUCUCUGGAUUGACCAUCCCCGAUGGGGGCGUGCAUAUUGUAGGGGGUGAACUGGGUGAGGCUUUCAUCAUUUUUGCCACUGAUGAAGAUGCAAGGCUUGGUAUGAUGCGCACAGGUGGUACAAUUAAAGGGUCAAAAGCAACACUGUUGUUGAGUAGUAAAACGGAAAUGCAGAAUAUGUUCGAACGGAGUCGUAGGCGUUUUGAAACUGCCAAUUUAGAUAUUCCGCCAGCAAAUGCUAAUAGAUCAGGACCACCACCUAGCUCAGGAAUGAGCAGCAGGGUAAACUUACCCACAACAGUACCCAACUUUAAUAAUCCUUCGCCAAGUGUAGUUACUGCUACCACUUCUGUUCAUGAGAGCAACAAAAAAUUCUCCACAGCCAGCAGAGGAACUGCUCCUCCAAGUAUGGGGGCUUCUUUUGGAAGUCCAACAUUCAGCUCAACCAUCCCAAGUACAGCUUCUCCAAUGAACACAGUCCCACCACCACCAAUUUCUCCAAUCCCAGCAAUGCCAUCUUUGCCACUGCUCCCAUCCAUUCCCCCAAUACCAGUUCCUCCUCCAGUACCUACCUUGCCUUCUGUGCCCCCUAUUCCUCCAGUCCCUUCUGUGCCACCCAUGACCCCAUUGCCACCCAUAUCGGGCAUGCCACCCUUGAAUCCACCACCUGUGGCACCUCUACCUGCUGGAAUGAAUGGCUCUGGAGCACCUUUGAGUCUGAACAAUAACCUGAACCCAAUGUUCCUGGGUCCGCUAAAUCCUGUUAACCCUAUCCAGAUGAACUUUCAAAGUAGCGUGAAGUCACUUCCCAUCAACCCUGAUGAUCUGUAUGUGAGUGUGCAUGGAAUGCCCUUUUCUACGAUGGAAAAUGAUGUCAGAGUGUUUUUCCAUGGGCUCCAUGUUGAUGCAGUGCAUUUGUUAAAAGAUCAUGUAGGUCGAAAUAACGGGAAUGGAUUGGUUAAGUUUCUCUCCCCUCAAGAUACAUUUGAAGCCUUGAAACGGAACAGAAUGCUGAUGAUUCAACGAUAUGUGGAAGUUAGUCCUGCCAUAGAGAGACAAUGGGUAGCUGCUGGAGGUCAUAUCACUUUUAAACAAAGUAUGGGACCUUCUGGACAAGCUCAUCCCCCUCCUCAGACACUUCCAAGGACAAAAUUGCCCAGUGGGCAGAAAAGGUCAAGGUCAAGAUCACCACAUGAGGCUGGUUUUUGUGUUUAUUUGAAAGGGCUACCAUUCGAAGCAGAAGACAAAUAUGUCACUGAUUUUUUUUAAAAGCUGCAUAUUGUAGAAGAUAGUAUUUAUAUAGCUUAUGGACCCAAUGGGAAAGCAACUGGUGAAGGCUUUGUGGAAUUCAGACAUGAGGCUGACUAUAAGACUGCUUUGUGUCAUCAUAAACAAUACAUGGGCAGUGGCUUUAUUCAAGUACACCCAAUUACUAAGAAAGGUAUGCUAGAAAAGAUAGAUACGAUUCGAAAAAGACUGCAGAAUUUCAGCUAUGACCAGAGGGAAAUAGUGUUAAAUCCAGAGGGGGAUGCCAACUCUGCCAAAGUCUGUGCUCACAUAACAAAUAUUCCAUUCAGCAUUACCAAGAUGGAUGUUCUUCCGUUCCUAGAAGGCAUCCCAGUGGAUGAAAAUGCUGUACAUGUUCUUGUUGAUAACAAUGGGCAAGGUCUAGGACAGGCAUUGGUUCAGUUUAAAAAUGAAGAUGAUGCACGGAAGUCUGAACACUUACACCGUAAAAAACUGAAUGGGAGAGAAGCUUUUGUUCAUGUAGUUACCUUAGAAGAUAUGAGAGAAAUUGAGAAAAAUCCUCCAGCCCAAGGAAAAAUGGAAUUAAAGAUGCCUGUGCCAGGUAAUCCUGCAGUGCCAGGAAUGCCUAGUGUGGGUUUGCCCGCUGCCGGAAUGCCUGCUGCUGGAUUGCCAGGUGCCAGAUUGCCUGGUGCAGGAUUGCCUGGUGCUGGAAUUAUCAGUGCUGGAAUUCCUGGCCCUGGAAUACCUGGCCUUGGAAUGCUGGGUCCCAGAAUACCUGGUCCCGGAAUACCUGGUCCUGGAAAGCCCGGUCCCGGAAUACCUGGUCCCGGAAUGCCCGGUGCAGGACUUCCUAGUGCAGGAGGUGCAGAGCAUGCCUUCCUGACUUUAGGAUCAAAGGAAGCCAACAAUGGUCCUCCAUUUAACUUCCCUGGUAAUUUUGGUGGGUCAAAUGCCUUUGGGCCACCCCUUCCUCCUCCAGGGGUAGGAGGGGCCUUUGGUGAUGCUAGGCCUGGUAUGCCUUCAAUUGGAAACAGUGGUUUGCCUGGUUUAGGACUUGAAGUUCCAGGUUUUGGAGGUGGACCAAAUAAUUUAAGUGGGCCAGCAGGAUUUGGAGGGCAUCCUCAGAAUUUUGGAAAUGGUCCUGGUAGUUUAGGUGACCCCCCUGGUUUUAGAAAUGGCCCUCCUGGUCUUGGAAGUGCCCCUGGGCAUUUGAGUGGGCCUCCAGCCUUUGGACCUGGCCCUGGUCCUGGCCCAAUCCAUAUUGGUGGUCCCCCUGGCUUUGGGGCUAGUUCUAGAAAGCCAGGGCCUACAAUAAUUAAGGUGCAGAACAUGCCCUUCACUGUGUCUAUUGAUGAAAUCUUAGAUUUCUUUUAUGGCUAUCAAGUAAUACCAGGCUCAGUGUGUUUAAAAUACAAUGAAAAAGGGAUGCCUACUGGUGAAGCCAUGGUGGCAUUCGAAUCUUGGGAUGAAGCCACUGCUGCUGUCAUUGACUUAAAUGAUAGGCCUAUAGGUUCCAGAAAAGUAAAACUGGUGUUAGGGUAGCCAUUCACAUUAAUUUUUUAGAGGGUUUAUCUUCAUUAGGCUGUGACUAAUGCAUCUAGAUUGUUUGCGUAGGAUUUCCAGAUUAGAACCUGUGGAGUUUUUCAAUUGCAUAUAGAUUGGUUUCUAUUACACAGAGCAUUGGAUGACUGUUUACAACUCUCUAACAGUAUAAACAUUGCUUUAUGUUACAGUAAGGCUGUCUGAAUAGAACACAAAAAUAAUUUUGCCAUACCAUUAGAAACCAUUUGUAACAGUCAAUCAUAAACUUAUCAAGGAGUCUUAGACUGGUUUGUUUUGUACCAUGUGAGCUAAAGAAAAUAGAAAUGUCAGCAGAGCUUAUGGAGGGUGCUCUUACCAGCUGCUGAAAAAUAGAAGUUGGCUACUUUUGCAAUUUGACUUAAGAUGA